AUGGCAGAUCAUCGACCGGAGUAUCCCGAUUCGGGGCAUUGGGUAUCAGAAAACGCGAGGUCGCCCCGAAGCUCCAAGCUGCCCCGGAAAGGCCGGCGGAGUGGAACCGGCAACGGACGUCGCGGCGAUGCAAGACCUGGUGCUGACCCUACGUACGCAGGCCCCUCGCGGCAGAGUAGUACCUCGAGUCCUACACCGCAGAGCUACUCACCGACUCAGACUUCCAGUCGUCGUCCAACAAAGAGCCGAGAGCAGAGUGACGACGCCGCGACACUGGUGAACUCGCCGAGGACCAGUUCCUCGCCAGACCUAUCAUCACGAGCCGAGAAAACUGAGCGGAUCUCCAAGUCGGACCGCAAUCAGAGAUCCCCUAAGUCUUCAAGGAUUCCUCAGUUCCCGGGCGCGCACCCGACAUACUCCUCGGUUGCUGCGGCCGAAGUUGACGACUCUCACUCCCCUCGUGUUCCUCCGAGUCCGAGUUCUACAAACACCUCUCACCGACUGUCGUCUAGUGUCGCAAGUGCAUCAAGUACUAUCAGCGAUCCUCCUUCUCCUACUCCACCUUCUAAGGGCACCCGUCGGUCAAUCUACAAGAAAAGGUCCCAAGACCUCAUUGCUACGAUGGAUAAGCCAAUUGAAGAGAAGACUCAGCCCGAGCAGGGUGCGAAGGAUGAGUCGUUUGUUCAUGUUAGCGAGGCGCCGACUAUACAGAUGAGAAGUUCAGGUGCAGAUGCACCCAGCAAUGCGGAUGAGAAGGCCCAUGACCAGAAUGCCUCUACUGGCAGCCAGAGCUCGGAAAAGACGAUGGUGGACUCGACUUCUUCCGAAGUCCAUAAUGGUGUGAGCUUUGCCGAGGCUCUUAUGGAUGACAGUGCACAUUCUCGCAAUGGCCACACGGAGCAGAAUGGGCAGCGCGACGAUAGCGAAGCUCGUAGCGACGAUUCUUAUCCUGAACUCGACGAAAUGACCAUCAACGACAUCCACACCCAUCAGCCUGCACCUCAACACCAGCCCUACGGCAAGAUUCGAUGGGCACCCUUCAAUGUCCCGGCGAAGCGUCGCUUGCAAACAUCUGCAGUCCUCAUGCACUGCCUCUCUAUUGGGGCAAUGGUGUCGCUCUUCUUUGCCUUCUGUGCCAACCCGUUCGCUUGGCCACUCCUGCUGAUCUAUCUCGUCCAUGUGCUGAUAUCAAAGGCACAUGUCGAUGGGUCGCUCAAGUAUCGAUCCGAGUGGUUUCGCAGCAGUUAUAUCUGGGACCUGUUCGCGGGAUACUUCCCGGCACGAUUGCACAAAACACACGAUCUUCCACCCACACGGAAGUAUAUCUUUGGCUACCAUCCUCAUGGUAUUAUCUCUCAUGGCGCCUGGGCGGCAUUCGCCACUGAUGCCCUUGGCUUCUCCGGGAAGUUCCCCGGCAUCACCAAUAGUCUACUCACGCUGGAGUCCAACUUCCGUCUCCCGUUCUACCGCGACUACAUCCUGGCUAUGGGUGUAAGGUCGGUAUCUAAGGAGUCCAUCGUCAACAUCCUUACAAAAGGUGGCCAAAAUGGCGAGGGCAUGGGCAGAGCCGUCACCAUUGUGGUCGGUGGUGCCCGUGAGUCCCUCGAGGCCCAACCGGGCCACAUGCGUCUCAUCCUCAAGGACCGCAAGGGCUUUAUCAAGAUUGCCGUCCGCACCGGCGCUGACCUGGUCCCGGUUGUCGCCUUUGGCGAGAACGACCUGUACGAUCAGCUCCGUCCCAAGGAGCACCCCAUGGUCCACAAGAUCCAGAUGUUCGUGCUCAAGGUGUGGAAGUUCACGCUGCCGUUCCUGCACGGGCGCGGCAUCUUCAACUACGACGUCGGCUUGAUGCCGUACCGGGCCCCGCUGAACGUGGUGGUGGGCGCGCCGAUCAAGGUGCACCAGUCCAACCACGUGGACGAGAAGGAGAUCGACCGCCUGCACGGUCUGUACGUCGAGGAGGUCGAGAAGCUCUGGGACCGCUACAAGGAUGAGUUUGCUGGCGGCCGCAAGGAGGAGCUCCAGAUCUUGCAUUAG